AUGUUUCAACAACCUCAAUCUUUUUCCUCAAUGAAAAAGAAUCCAAAUACUAAUAAUAUGAAUACUACUAAUAACAUGACUAAUAAUCCUCAACAAAUUAAUUACAUGCAACAACAACAACAAUACAUGAUGAUGAUGGAUCCAAAUGCCAUGAAUCAAACUGUAACAUCACCUACUCUUCUUCAACAACAACAGCAAUAUAUGAAUAUGAUUGCUGCUACAAUGAUGAAUCAACAACAAUUACCAUCAAAUAAUUAUUCAAAGCCUCCUAAUACUAUUAAUAAUAUGAAUUAUCAAUUACAACAACAACAACAACCCUCCAGUAACAUUUCAAUUAGUAAUUUGCCUCAAUCUAAUAUGAUUGGUAGUAAUAAUAAUGUUACUACUACUAGUACAACUAAAUCUGUAUCAUUCAAUCCUUCAUCCACUAAUUUAUCAUCCUCAACAGCCUCUUCUAAUAUGACUAAUACUCAUUCUACUUCACAAUUAUCUGCUCAAAAUAUUAAUACUAUUAAUACUAAAACUAAAACCCUUCUUAAUAAUCCUAAUACUAGUAUUAUUGGUAAUAAUCCAACAAUAAGUAAUAAUACUGUUAGUAACACAACUGCUAAUAAUGCCACCUCUACUGCUGCUACUUCAGCUAGCAAUAAUAAUAAUUCAUUAGUAUCAUCUACUAGUACUAAUACUAAUACUAAUACUACCACUACUACCAGCAACAAUAAUACAACUCGAGUUAAAGUAGUUGUUAGAGUUAGACCACAAGUAUCAGAAGAUAUAAGUAAUAGUCAAAUAUUUGGAGAAUAUCCACCAUGUGUAGCAACAGUUAAAAAUACAGUUAUAUUAAAAAGAGAAUGUUAUGAUGAUAGAGAAUUUACAUUUGAUAAAGUGUUAGAACCAACAUGUUCUCAAGAUGAAAUGUAUAAACAAGUUGGUAAAAACAUUGUUAAUGAUGUAUUAAAAGGAUAUAAUGGAACUGUAUUGGCAUAUGGUCAAACAGGAUCAGGUAAAACAUUUACUAUAUUUGGAAGUUCAACAGAUCCAAAAAGGAUUAUUAAACCUAAUGAAAAUAUAAUUGAUAAAUAUAGUGGAGUUAUUCCUAGAUGUAUAAAUCAAAUAUUUGAACAUGUACAAGAAUAUUCAAAUAAUACAGAAUUUAGAGUUUUUGUUUCAUUUAUGCAAAUAUAUAUGGAAAAUAUAAUGGAUUUACUUGAUGCAAGUAAAACAAAUUUACCAAUUAGAGAAGAUCCAAAAAAUGGAGUAUUUGUAGAACAAUUAACACAAGUACAAGUUAAUGAACCUUAUGAAGUAAUGCAAUUAAUUAAGGAAGGAUCUAAAAAUAGACAAGUAAAUUCUACAAAUAUGAAUAAGUUAUCUUCACGUUCACAUGUAAUAUUAAUGAUUACAGUUGAACAAAAAUCAUCAAGUGAUAAAAGUGUUAAAAGAGGAGUGUUACAUAUUGUUGAUUUGGCAGGAAGUGAAAGAGUUUUUAAAUCUGGAAGUGAAGGUCAACGAUUGGAAGAAGCUAAAAAAAUUAAUAAGAGUUUAAGUGCUUUGGGUAAUUGUGUUGCUGCCCUGACAGAGGAAAAUGUUUAUCAUGUACCAUUUCGUGAUUCCAAAUUAACACGUUUAUUAACAGAUUCAUUAGGUGGUAAUGCUAAAACAUGUCUUGUUGCAACUAUUGGACCAUCUAUGUGGAAUUAUGAUGAAUCUUAUUCUACUUUACAUUUUGCUAAUAGAGCAAUGAAUGAUCCAUUUUCACGUAAAAAAGCAUGGAAUUUAAUUCAUAAAAUGAAGAAAGGUAGAGCAAUGAUAUUAACAACACAUGCUAUGGAUGAAGCAGAUUAUUUAAGUGAUCGUAUUGCAAUUAUGGCACAUGGUCAAUUAAAAUGUAUUGGUGAUUCAUUAUCUAUUAAAUCUCAAUAUGGAAGUGGAUAUAAUUUACUUGUAGUUGCUAAUAAUGGUUAUGAAAAACAAGUUGUAAAAACAAUUAAUCAAUAUUUAACAAAUGUUAAAAUUGUUUCACAAAGUGCUGGUAAUUUCAUUUUCAAUGUUCCUAAAGAACAAGUUAAUGAAUUAGGUCAAUUAAUUUCUUAUUUGGAAAAAUUAACAAGUGAAAAUACUUUAAAUAAUAAUGGAACAUCUAUUAAUGGUAAUACUAAUAUGAUUAAAGAUUGGGGUAUUUCACAAACAACAUUGGAAGAAGUUUAUCUAAAAGUUACACAAAACUCUGAAUUUUCAUACAAGAAUGAUGAUAAUGCUAUUAGUAUGGGUAAUAUGAGUGAAAUUGCUGAAGAACAAGAAUUAAUUGAACACAACAACACUGUACCAAAUGUUGUUUCACUCAAUGAUGUUAGUGAAAUGACAAAUAAUGCAGAAGAAUAAUACAUAUAAAUUAAAUAAUUAAUAAAUAUUUAUCAAACUUUUCAUUUG